UAUGGUAGAGAAAGGCCUGAAUCAUGGAUGAUAAAUUAGGGCUGAAUGUUUACUGUAAAACUGGAAACGCAAUAGUAGGUACCUACUAGCCAAGUAAGUAAACAAAAGGAAUUGUUGUGAAUAACAAAGUGUGUUUUCAAUUCAAGAAGCGACAAAUUUUGUGUCCUUUCGUUAAACGUCUUAUGCUUAUAAGUGCAGUGGCCCUCACUCCUGCCCAUGUAAUAUAGAGGUGCUGUAGAAAAGACGAGUGUUCCAAGACCGAGACUCGGAGUCCGACUUUCAUCAGAGACAGACAGACAGACAGAUACACUGCUGCUUCCAUUGCGACCGCCAGGUAGUACGAUGGAGACUUCCGACGCAGUAACUCUUGAAGACCUACCUGAUGAGUUGCUGCUAUCCGUACUCUCGUGUAACUCUAUAUCUGUGUGGGACAUCUGCAGAGUAGCGUGCACUUGUUCGAGACUGAGGAAUAUCGCCAGCACGCAGAACUUGUGGCGUCAAAAAGUACAACACUGGCCAAAAAUAUGGGACUACUUGCCAUCCAGCAGUGGAAUCACAGACUGGCAAGACGAAGUGAAGCAGAUUCUCUGUUUGGACAGAGAAGUAAAGAAGCUGGUGUCAGGCCUCAGCCGCAGAUUAUACCAAAACUCACACCUCACCACUCCUGUUUACAAUGAGGUGGAUGUCAUGGUCAUGUCCACACCUUAUGCACCACUUUACAUGAAGAAUGCCCUCCGUAACAUCAUUGAGGAUGGACCCACACACCCUAGAAAACCUGUAGCACUUGAUGCCAACCAGGCAGAGCGGCAGCCACGGCCAACACCUCCUCGGCCCAACUGGCAGAGAGUGUUGCCUUUGCCUGGUCCUCGCACCGCCUCUCAAAGAUAUGAGAAUUUGACUGAGAAGUACUACGCUCUGAAAGUAAUGAGUCAUGUCCAUCAGGGGAUGUGUCAGAGGGAAUGGCAUGACUUCCUAGAACAGCCCCCAGCCAAGCAGUGUCUAGAAGUGGGCACCAUGUUGUUGGCCAGGUGGUUCCAGCCACACACAGAUGUCAGCAUUAAACAGAUGGUUGCUGAGUUAGAUCAAAUAGCUGAAGCAUGCCGCAGUAAGUUGCGUACAACUGUGCCCAACCAUCCAGCCAUUGCCUCCCCUCUGGUUCCUUCAAGCGAAAUUCUUCCUGAAUCAAAGUGGGACCAAGAGAGGUGUAAUCAACUAAUGAAGUGCAUCAAUGAUGUUUUGUUUAAUCAGAUGAAAUUUGCAGGAAAUAGUGAUGAUUACUACAGUCUGAAAAAUUCCCUUAUUAAUGAGGUGCUCAGCUCCAGGAAGGGAAUACCCAUUACUCUCAGCAUUGUAUACAUGGCUGUCUGCCACCGACUGGGCAUUCGUCUUGAGCCUGUCAACUUUCCAUCCCAUUUUCUUGUGAGGUGGAAAAUACCUGGAACAACACAGUACAAGUUCAUUGAUGCCUUCGACAAGGGCCGUCACUUCACCCCCAAGGAAGUCCUGGCUGAAGUACCUCUACUUAUAAAUGAGGAUGAGAGGCUACUCUCUGCCUGUGGGCCUUUGCAAGUGUUCCAGAGAAUGAUCAGGAACAUUAUGAAUGUAGCACAGAUGCAAGCCAACAUCUCAGACCAUAUGGAACUGUACUGCCCAGCCACUGAGCUCAUGAGUCUUCUCAUGCCCUCAGACCACAGUGUGCAGGAACUUCUGUUGAGAAUCUACUACACACUAGAAAUCCAUUACGAUCGCAUUGUUGCUGGGUGUCAGCAGCUACUAAAGCAGAAUCCCUCAACUAUAUUGGAAGAGAUGCUCUCAGACUGCCAGCAAAUCAUCAAGAGUGAAAGUGACAUGCCCAAACCAAUCAUCCCCAAUAGCAGGAGUACAGAAAUUGCUUUUGCCACUGGUCUUGUCAUGCAGCACAAACGAUAUAAUUAUUCCUGUGUCAUAUUUGGAUGGGAUAAGGAGUGUAAAAUGCCAGCUGACUGGGUGCGACGGAUGGGUGUUGACCACCUCCAGUACAAGACUAAGCAGCCAUUCUACAAUGUGCUGGUCCAUGACGGAUCUCAUAGAUAUGCUGCCCAAGAAAACCUGUCAAUUUCUCAGGAACCAGUACCCAUCAGCCAUUCAGAUAUUGGGAAGUAUUUCAAGGAGUUCAAUGGAGUAUGUUAUUUGCCCAAUGAUGAAUUGCAGCAGCAGUACCCAGAUGAUGCAACUGUGAAGAACAAUCUCUUAAGAGAACAAGGAUUUUUUUAGCAUUCAGAGGGAAUAUUUAGAUGUGUAAUAAAUAACCUGAUUUCCAUGUGAAAUCAAUUCACUCUGAUAAUUACCAGUCAUUUAUGGACUGAAUUACAAAUGUCAGUCACUAUCCCUCUAUGAGGGAAUGAAACCUCAUCUGAACAUGAGCACAAGUUUUUGUAUGCUUUAAUAUGAAAUAUUAGUACUAGUGAGAUGAGUGAUGCAGAGAUUAGGCAUUAUAACUUUUGUUAUUAAACAAAGUUUGAGUGCAUUUUUGUUACCACAUAUUGGCAUGUUUUCUAAUUGCUUUGUACAUAUUACCAAUAUUUGCUCACAUCAAUAUACACUUGAGAUUUUGAGAUUUUCUCUUAGUUUAAAGAGGUAAAGAUGAACCUUUUCUAUUUCAGUAGUCCCUCGAGUAUUGUAGGUCUUACGUUCCCCGGUAAUAAUUGAAUAUCCGCAAAGUAGAAAUAGUAUUGUAUUUCAAGAUAUUCACUCCUAAAGAUUUUUCAUAAUUUUGUCCUUGUUUUGCUAUUUGUAUUUAACUGAUUGACAUGAAAUUUCCACAUGAUUGUGUAUACAAUGAUUUUCUCGAGCAUUAUAGGAUGAUAAUGCAUCACAUCCCUGCUUCUCUAGAAAAUAUUAUUCACUCAUACAUGAGGGUAUGGAAGGAGCCAUCAACAACGUCAUGGCAAUAUGCUGUUUUACAACUGAACUGGACAGUCUCCGAGUUGUUAUUAAUGUGUUGAAGUGAGAUAAUGUACUGUGAAGUAAUUAUUACUUGUUUGCUCCAACUGUAUACCUCUCUCUCAAGACAAUCUUUAUUACUUGUAAUAGUAUUAUUGUGAGUUAUGUGAUAUAUAGUUGUCAUGAUAAAGAUAGUGAGAAAAAAAAGUGUGAAAAGAUCAUAGCAGUCUUUAUAAAAUAAAGAUGGAGAAGCAUGGGAUGAGGGAGGGUCUCUGAUGAGGUAGAUAUCACAUAUGAUGAAGGAGGCGAAGGUUCAAGGUCCAGCUGUCAGCCACAGCUGUCUUGCAGUGAUACGUUUGUAUCUUGUUGUCUUCUCUUCUUGAAGUUUCCAACUCAUUCUCACCAAUUUAUGCCUGUAAGGACAUUAUUUUUGAAAAAGUAGAGGGCUAAAUGAUAGACUUCCCCUCUUGAUGCCUGGCCCUGUGUAAAGCUUGAGUCAUGCUAUGAUGCAACUGCACGAGAUAUUUAAAAGUGGCUUCCUGGUGGAAAGGGUAUUUAAUUAUCAAAAAUUAAGGGUCCGAAGGUUUUGGAGAGACAAUGGUUAUUUCCACACAUUUUUUAUCCUUCCAAAAUUAAAUUAAUAAAUCCUGCAUCGACCCCCUAGUCUGACUUGAACUGGCCUUCUUUUUCAUCCCUCGUAUAAGUCAGACAUUCACAUCUGCCGGACCAACCUUUCCCCCUCUUAGUCUGAGUUAGCGAGGGUCAACAGUACUGCAAAGAAAAGAAACCCUUACAUUACUUGUGAAAGCACAUCUACAACAGGCUUUUUGUCAGGUGGUGCAGUAUUUUCAUCAUCCGUAAUUUCUCUUUCCAAUGAAGUUUAUUGUGUAUUUUCACUUUUUUGUGGGUGAGGAAGUGAUGGGCAGUUGCUGGCACUGUCUCUUCUUCUAUGUAAGGUUUUUAUAAUAUUUUGAUACUUCCAUCAAUUGCAUUUUUGAAGUGCAGUGCAUAAAUCAUUUGGGAUCCUUUUCUUCCACCAUUCCCUAAGGAUUUUUUGCCAUUUUGCUGCUUCUGCUGGAUCUUCUUGUUCUUUUACAGUAGUGUACAUGACAAUGUCUGGUUAUUUUAAUACACAACUGCAAUAAUUCAUUGAGAUUUUAAUAAUUAUAUAAUUGGAAUAACAAACUUGCCACUUGCAUGACCACCAGGGGAUUUUAAUAGAAAUUUAAUCAGAAUAAUGAACCAAAAGUACCAAGUUUAGUAGUGCAAUUGUGCUAAUUUUGAAGUUUUUUUAUCUUUUAUAUGCAGAAUUUUGUAUAUUAUUUAAUGAUUCCUUGGAACUAAUUGAUUUUUUUCCUAUAGGUUCUAAAGUCACUAUAACACAUUUGCCAUGAUGAAUGCCAUAUUGGAACAAAUCAUGUUUCUUGUUGCAUACCUGACAAUACUUCACCACUUGCUGACUUUGUUGUCUCUGUCAAAUCAUCUGUUAAUAGAUCUGUGUGGGCCUUGAUCAGCUUGUAAAUGCCCUCGGUAGUCAUAUCGGUAAUGCCAUCUCCUACCAAUUUUGCCAGGUUCACUGCUUUAUCAACUGCAGUGGUGGAUUUUGCUCAGGAGAGGAUCCUUUAUAGUCAUUAAUUACUUCUGGCUACAAUUUCUUCCAGUGUUGUCUAAGUUUCAUCCUUCAUCUCCUUUAUGGCCUUUUGAAUAUUUUGGAAAUAGGUUGCAAUGGUAUACCCACACCAGUACUCCUUCAGUGAGAAGUUAUCAUCCGAGUCCACAGCCUUGAACAGGUGCUGCAGGAACUUUAACAUAUAGAACACCUUUAAAGCAAAAAUAAUGCCUUGAUCCAUGGGAUAGGUCAGCAAUGUGAUGUGUGGCAUUAAAUUUUACUGGUAUUCCCUCAUAUGACAGGUCAAGCAUGUGACCUCUAGCUUUGUUUAUUAGGAGUUUCAAUCCUUUUUCACAAAGAUAAACCUUGACCUUGUGGGUUCUUCAUCCUCAAAGAUGGAAGUAAGGAAGGUAGAAAUACAGAAGCAGACAAGGAGUUCCAGAGUUUACCAGAGGAAGGGAUGAAUGAUUGAGAAUACUAGUUAGCUUGCAUUAGAGAUGUGGACAGAAUAGGGAUGAAAGAUCAGAAGAGCAACUGGCAUGAAAAUAGUGGUAAAAGGUAGCAAGAGAUGCAACAUGGCAGUGAGAAAGGCUGAAGAUGGAAUUUUUUUUUUUUUUCCAUAGCAACUGUAGGCAUACUUGAAGAGUAUAAGUGGGAAGCACUGUUCAGCUUCCACCCAUUAGUGGCACAGGCAAUUUUGGCUUUUUCAAGGAUUUCCAGGCCUGCGGUGCUGCCACACUUGUACAAUAUGCACUUAAGUCAGGUACUUAAUACAGUACUUCAAAAUUGAAUAAUGUAUAUAUACAUUGUGAUACUCAAAAAAGGCAAAUUAGUAUAAAUUAUGCUUAUUUUUAAAUAUAUUUUGCAUUGUUUGUGCAAACACAACAAUACUUGACAACAUUUCCUCUGAGCAUUUUCACUUCCCUUUCGAUGACCGAGUGAGGUCACACGUUAAAGUGACUGUGUUAAUCCAUGGAUCACUUCCUCUCCCACUACCAGCUAAGGAGAGAGAGAGAUGGUGUGUGGGAAACAAGGUUCCCAUUGAUACAUAGCUCUAAUCCCAUAAUUUGCCCAGCACAAGGUUUGGCAGUGUUGCAGGCCGGGAAAUCCCCGAAAAAGCCAACACCCAGGCCGGGAAAUCCCCGAAAAAGCCAACACCUAAACAAUCUUCAUAAAAUGGUCAGACUAUAGAACCUGGGUAUCAUGGUGACAUGUAGGUAACUUUAAACCACUCAACAAAUGGCAUAGAUUCAAAGUGGUAUGUGGUGGGAUUCAAACCUACACGUGGAUGUCUGUCCAAUCCCACACUCACCACUUAUCCACUAUGGCACCACCUCUUUAAUGAAACAAGGAAGUUUGGUUUAGAUUAUUAAUGAGGAAUUGGAAGAGAGUGGGUAAUACGACAGAACCCUGAGGAACACCACUGUUAAUAGAUUUAGGAGAAAAGUGACUGUUUACCAUGACAGCAAUAGAAUGGUCAGAAAGGAAACUUGAGAUGAAGAUGCAAAGAAGGAUGUGGGAAGGUAGUUUAGAAAUCAAAAGCUUUGUACCAGACAUUUGUCAAAAGUUUUGAUAUGUCAAGGCAAUAAAUAGCAAAAGUUUCAUCAAAAUCUCUAAAAAGAGGAUGACCAAAUCUCAAUAAGGAAAGCCAGAUCAUCAGUAGAGCAAUCUUGAUGGAAGCCACGCUGGUAAUCAGAUAGAAGACUUUGACGUGACGAUAGAUGUCUGAAAAUCUUUCAAUUGAUAGACUUAAAAAAAACUUUAUAUAGGCAGGAAAUUAAAGUAACAGGACAGUAGUUUGAGGAGUUAAAAAGCAACGAUUCUAGAAACAGGUGAGUGUAGGCAAGUUUCAGCAAUAAUCUUGAAGAGGGAUGAUAGAUAUGAGAUUGUGAUCAGAGGAGCUCAACUAGAAAGAUAGAGUAACAACAUAAGCAGAUUAGAGGUUAGGAAAGGUCAUGAAUGUUGGGUAUAUUUCCAAGACAGUCAAAAUACAAGCAGGCUCUUGCAUCAAUUACUUUAGGUCAUGGAGGUUAGCACAAGUUAAUAACUAGUUAACCAGGAUGGUCAGUGAAGAGUGAGGAAUGCCAAAGCUGGUGGUGGACGUUGAAGUCAACAUGAAAUUCAUGAAUGGAGAUCUCUGCAAAAGAGAGAAGUUUAAAUAUGCUCCACUUUGGAAGUUAAAUAGUCAAAGUAAGACUUAAUUUAUAAGUUACUUUCCUAUUGCCCUUUAUUUUAUUUAUUUAUUUUAUUUAUUUAUUUAUUUUUUUUUUUUUUGUCAUUCUUAAUGUAACAAGUGUAGAUUCACUGAUGCCACAAUAGCAGUUUACAUCCACAUACCUUCUACCUUCUUUACGCAUGUCAAGCAGUCUCUUCUUUGUGAUAGUAACUUCCUCUGGCACUUGGGUUCAUUGCCAUAAGCCUUAUAAGGUGCAGAAUGUUUGGGCAACUGUGGAGCACCUGAAAUAAAUUCACAAUUUUACACAAAUACAAAAUGCCACUACUCUAUACAAACUAGGUCAUCCCCAUGUCAAUGUUUAAUUUUCCAUACAAUAUGCUGAAUUAUCUGUUUACUCAUCUACAAUAUUCUUCAUAUUUUCUUUCCAUAUAUUUUGACUAAUGUGUUGUACAGUACUGUUUUUCUAUUUUCAUUUAUUAAGCAAAUAAUUAUUUUAACUCAGAAAUAAUUAUGAUAUAAAAAAUAUAAAUAUCUAUCAGCCACAAAAACCUGUAAUAUACUGAGGAGUCCACAAUAUAACACAAAAACCUGUAAUAUACUGAGGAGUCCACAAUAUAAAUUAAUUUAUAUGCAUCAAUCAGAAAAAUCUACACUGUACCAAGGACACAAAAGUUGAACUAUUAAAUUGCAAGGGAUUACUGUAUUGCGUAAUAUUUAACAUGCCAGUCAUGCAAUUACGUGUAAAUACAUAAUUUGAACUGCAAAGACAACUUUGUCUUCCUAAUAUUGUUCAUUAGUCUAGGCACAUGAAAAGGUAAUACUGUACUGUGUUUACAUCCUGGCCACAUCCCUGUAAAUGCUCAUACACUUAUUUAUUUCUUUAGUUUGUGAACACUUGACCUGCUUACCAUAGUUUAUACUUUGAGGCACUGCAGCUUAUAAACUAUACAUAGCAGUCUGAUCAAUAACAUACACAAAAAUUCCAAGGCAGCCUUUCAUGGAUAUGAAUAUCUUUUUUUUCGUGAGCACUGCCUGAGUGUAGACAGACCAUAAGUUCCUAUAUGCUUCUUACUUAUGUUGAAUAGAUUUGUAUUAAGCUCUAAAACAAAAUCAUUACAAACUUUUUGAGUGAAGCAAACUGUUAUUUUGAAUUACUAAUCAGAGUGUAAGACAUUUUCAAAUAUUAUUAGGGAGUAAAAAAACAAUGUCCUUAAGAACACUAUCUACAGAGACAUUUAAAACUAUAUAGGAUUUAGUCUUAUGCAGCUUUAUGUAAAUAUUGAAAAUACUAUUAGUAUCAAUUAUAUUUUGUUAAGAUAUGUAAAUAUUCAUGUGUUUAAUGUAGUUUUUAUUUGCCUACCUUAUAUACUCUAGCUAUUAAUAAAGUUUUUAUUUGCCUGUCUUACAGGUAGGGGAUUAUGUUCAAUUAUUGCCCUUAAUGAACUAAUAUCAGUAAGCCUUCAGAUGGAUAUAAAAAAAAAUGUAAAUUUGUAAUAUAUGCAAAUAAAUUUAUUGUGUAUAUA